GGCUACUAGCAAGCACAUAAGCAUGCUGUACUCGGGUAUUACACUACGUCGGCUUUCAUCCACUUUGUUCGCACGCCAGGGACCCGCAUUCGUAGCAGGCGUUCGCGCUGUGCCUAAGAAGACUAAACUACAUACGACAGGAGCUAAAGGUUGCUCACACAUCUUCGAUAGCGUCUGCACUGCUCGAUACGUUAUAACCUCAGCCAUGUCAUCGCCGUCGUCAAGCGGACCCCAACCAACGCCUGCUGCGGCAAUGGACUUCCUCCUCCUUUUACAACAGCUCAAGUUGACAAAGCGCACCGGAUGGGUGAGAAAGAACGUAAAUGGACCCGAAAGCAUUGCAGACCACAUGUACCGCAUGUCGAUGAUGGCCCUGCUCGCCACGGACAGCGGAGUGGACGUCACCAGGUGCAUCAAGAUGGCUCUCGUUCACGACGUGGCGGAGUCCAUCGUGGGCGACAUCACUCCCCACUGCGGCGUCAGCGAGGCGGACAAGCACGAGGCGGAGCUGCGGGCGGUGGGGCGAAUCCGGGAGCUGCUGGGGGCGCACACGGCGGCAGCUCGCGAGGUGGAGUGCCUGUGGCUGGAGUACGAGGCGGGGGCCAGUGCGGAGGCGCUGCUUGUGAAGGACCUGGACAAGCUGGAGAUGAUCAUCACAGCGCACCAGUACGAGCAGGCCCAACCGGGUUUGCUGCUUGAGGAGUUCUUCGCCAGCACAGCGGGGCGCUUCAAGACGGACACAGGCAAGGCCUGGGCUGCUGAGCUCGUUGCGCGGCGCACCGCCAGCCGGCAGCAGCAGCAGCAGCAGCAGCAGGGGGCCGAGGGCGCUGCUGCCUCGGGGCAGCAGGGCGGCGAGGAGGGCCGG